AGCCAGCCAGCCAACCACCGUGCCGGCGGCAGGAAAGAAGAAUUGCUGCGUGCGCCCCGCCGCCCGCACACACGCCUUGGCCCAUUCCCCAAGAAAGAGCCCCGCCCCCGGUACUGGCACGCAGGCGACGCGAAGCAAAGAGGGGGAACGAAAGCGAAACGUAUUAAACUCGCACGCUCAUCAAUCGCAUGCGCUGAUGCGCCCUGCGCCCCCCGGACAAAUUCAAAUCCCCAGCCCCCGAAACCCGAAUUCCCCAGCACCGGAUUUUAGCGGGCGGCCGGCCGCUUCCCGUCGAUCCGCUCCGGCUUCCAACCCCGAAUAAUCCCUAAUCCCAAGCGAAUCGAAGCUUCCUUCCUUCGAGGGGAGGUGUAGGAAGGCGCGGGCGCGGCCCUGCUUAGGGUUUGGAGGUGGCCGGCGCGGUGUGGCGGGGGCGGCAGGGGGAUGGAUCCGGAGCAGACGUUCCUGCGGGUGCACGCGCGCCUGUCGGGGAUGCUGUCCCAGCUGCUCACCCCGCGGAUCCGCCUCGCGCUCGAGUACCUCUACCUCGCCGGCGCCGUCGCGCUCUUCUGCCUGCUCGUCGUCAUGCACACCAACUUCGUGCAGCAGCCUGGCUGCUCAAGUGAAUUUUCUGGAAUUGAAUUUGGAGAAGCACAACUGGUCCAAAUCAAGAUUAUCAGUGGGGGACUAUGGGCCAGCAGAGGCGCUUCUUACAUCAUGGAUCUCCAGAACCUGGGACGUUCUGCUGAGAAAAUUUUAGAGGUUAAUGGUGAUAAGUUCAACAUUUUGGCAUCUAAGUUUUGGUCAACCUGGGUUGGCCCUGGAGCUAGGAGGAGCGUACCAGAUUUGAAGGCAGCUGGAGAUGGUUCUGUCCACUACCCUUUAUCUGCUAAGGAGUCGUUUAAAGCAGCAGUGACAUAUUUGUUCAGAAAAUGGUAUGUUCGUGCUGUGUCAUUCUGGAGGAACAUAAAGCAACUUUCAGAAAAUACCCUCCAAUUAAUGGUCAGAUCAAAUUGGAAUGACUUCCUCCAUAUCAUUAAGGAUCUUCAACUGCCAAGCAUGGAUCAUCUACUUUCGACGACAGUGCAGUGGUUUGAAAGGAGGAGUAAAGCAUUCGAGCCUACCUAUUUAUAUGGCGUGGAGAAGGGUUAUUUCUUGCUUUCAGAAGGUGCUAAAAUUCGUCAUGGUGUUCGAACAAUUAAUAUCACAAUUUCUGCUCUAAAUCCUUGCUUCGGAAACAGGUGGCAGCAGCUUUUGAUAAACAGCAUUGUUGGCUAUGAUACUAUACUUACAAACAGCUUGGUGAAUUCUCCUGGUCAUGGCUAUCUAUACAAUUUUCAGACAAAGGAGCUCUAUGAUCUCAGUUAUGGGCAUGAACCACAAGGUCCUACACGAUUUGGAGAUUACUUUGUGACAAAAUGUGGUGUCCUUCUAAUGUCACUCUUUGUCUUUUUCACAACCACCAUGUCUGUUUCAUUUACUCUGAGAGAGACGCAAUCCCGCAUGCUUAGGUUCACAGUGCAGCUUCAACACCAUGCACGCCACCAAUUGCCCACUUUUCAGUUGAUAUUCGUGCAUGUCAUCGAAUCAUUGGUUUUUGUGCCGAUUAUGAUUGGGAUCCUCUUUUUUCUAUUUGAGUUCUACGAUGAUCAAUUGCUCGCGUUUCUUGUUUUGACUCUUGUAUGGUUAUGUGAGCUAUUCACAAUGAUCAGUGUGCGGACAUCUAUAUCGAUGCAGUUCUUUCCACGCUUUUUCUUGCUGUAUUUUCUUGUUUUCCAUAUCUACUUCUUCUCAUAUACUUAUGGCUUCUCAUAUCUGGCUUUCUCUGCUACGGCCGCAUUUAUGCAGCAUCUGAUUUUGUAUUUUUGGAACCGGUUUGAGGUGCCAGCUCUCCAGAGAUUCAUUCGCAAUCGAGCUCACAUUCACCAACAGACAGGUGUCCAGAUUGCUACCUCAACCAUCUACACAUCUACCUUACACAUUGCUAGGGUAAAUGUGAGGGACCCUGGCACUAUAAAUGAUGGCCUUGGUGCUGUUCGUGAAGCAGAUGCCCUAUUGGUUCAGGAUGAGUCUACCAGGAACCAGCAAGAGGGUCCACAGAAUGGAAUUGCUGAGCCAGCAGCCAACGGUGCUCUCCAAUAUCAAGAGCAAAACCCUCAGCAAGCUGGAAACGCCCCUGCAGGCUCAGGCUCCUUGAAUCCAUUUGGCUCCCUUUUGUUGUGGUUGUUAGGAGGCGGUGCUUCUGAUGGCAUAGUUUCUUUCUUCUCCAUGUUCAGAGAUGUCCGUGAUCAUGGUCAAGAUUACACCGAUCCACCUCGAAACGAAAAUGAUCAGGUGACUUAGAAUCAUGAAGAUGAAACGUGGAGCGAAGAUGAAUGGUACUCACGGUGGGUGCUUGGGCAGAGGCAAUCUAUUUGUUGCUAAGAUGAUAUAAAGCCAGCACCCCCUUCAAAAGGAUAAUGACGAAUACUGGUGGCAGCAUAUACAGACUGGUGUCGCUGGAGAUACCUGCUAGUAUUAUCUGUUUAUCAGUUUUUUGGUUAGUUGUUAAGGAUGUUGAAUUGUAUCUAUUCAUGAAUCAUGAUAUAUGUACAUUCCCUACCGUCUGAAUGGGGAUGCCCAUUCCAGUCUUGUACAGAAAUGUCAACUCACAGCAUAUUGACUGUUGUGCAAAUUCUUUGUACUUCAUGGGCGGUUCUGGAACAUCACUUGUGACUGAAUCGACAAAUUAAUGAUACGGAUUCAUCGUUGCUUCA